AUAGCGGCGGGCGCGGAGCGCGCAGCGUUCCUCCCGCUGGCCCCGGCCGCGGCGCCCUUCAGUUCCCCCAGCGACGGCGCCAUGGAGCGGCCGGCGCCACUGGCAGUGCUGCCCUUCUCGGACCCCGCGCACGCGCUGAGCCUGCUUCGCGGCCUGAGCCAGCUCCGCGCCGAGCGCAAGUUCCUGGACGUGACACUGGAGGCGGCGGGCGGGCGCGACUUCCCCGCGCACCGCGCCGUGCUGGCGGCCGCCAGCCCCUACUUCCGCGCCAUGUUCGCGGGACAGCUGCGCGAGAGCCGCGCUGAGCGGGUGCGCCUGCACGGCGUGCCGCCCGACAUGCUGCAGCUGCUGCUGGACUUCAGCUACACGGGCCGCGUGGCGGUGAGCGGCGACAACGCCGAGCCGCUGCUGCGAGCCGCCGACCUGCUGCAGUUCCCGGCGGUAAAGGAGGCGUGCGGCGCCUUCCUGCAGCAGCAGCUCGACCUGGCCAACUGCCUGGACAUGCAGGACUUCGCCGAGGCCUUCAGCUGCGCGGGGCUGGCGAGCGCGGCGCAGCGCUUCAUCCUGCGCCACGUGGGCGAGCUGGGCCCAGAGCAGCUGGAGCGCCUGCCGCUGGCGCGCCUGCUGCGCUACCUGCACGACGACGGGCUGUGCGUGCCCAAGGAGGAGGCCGCCUACCAGCUGGCGCUGCGCUGGGUGCGCGCGGACCCGCCGCGCCGCGCCGCGCACUGGCCGCAGCUGCUCGAGGCUGUGCGCCUCCCUUUCGUGCGCCGCUUCUACCUGCUGGCGCACGUCGAGGCCGAGCCGCUGGUGGCGCGCUGCCCGCCCUGCCUGCGCCUGCUGCGCGAGGCACGCGACUUCCAGGCGGCGCGCUACGACCGCCACGACCGCGGGCCCUGCCCGCGCAUGCGCCCGCGCCCCUCCACCGGCCUCGCGGAGAUCCUCGUGCUCGUGGGCGGCUGCGACCAGGACUGCGAUGAGUUGGUCACCGUCGACUGCUACAACCCGCAGACGGGCCAGUGGCGCUACCUGGCCGAGUUCCCCGACCACCUGGGCGGGGGCUACAGCAUCGUGGCGCUGGGCAACGACAUCUACGUGACGGGUGGGUCUGACGGCUCCCGGCUCUAUGACUGCGUGUGGAGGUACAAUUCCAGUGUGAACGAGUGGACAGAGGUGGCGCCCAUGCUGAAGGCCCGCGAGUACCACAGCUCCUCCGUGCUGGACGGGCUGCUGUACGUGGUGGCUACAGACAGCACGGAGCGCUACGACCAUACCACGGACUCCUGGGAGGCCCUGCAGCCCAUGACCUACCCCAUGGACAACUGCUCCACCACCGCCUGCCGUGGCCGCGUCUAUGCCAUCGGCUCCCUGGCCGGCAAGGAGACCAUGGUGAUGCAGUGCUACCACCCAGACACGGACCUGUGGUCGCUGGUGGACUGUGGCCAGCUCCCACCCUGGUCCUUCGCCCCCAAGACCGUGACUCUGAAUGGACUUAUGUACUUCAUCAGGGACGAUUCUGCGGAGGUGGACGUGUAUAACCCCACAAAGAACGAAUGGGACAAGAUCCCAUCUAUGAAUCAGGUGCAUGUGGGGGGCAGCCUGGCUGUCCUUGGAGGGAAGCUCUACGUCUCAGGUGGUUACGACAAUACGUUUGAACUCUCUGAUGUGGUGGAGGCCUAUGACCCAGAGACUCGGGCCUGGAGUAUUGUGGGACGGCUCCCAGAGCCCACCUUCUGGCAUGGCAGCGUCAGCAUCUUCCGCCAGUUCAUGCCCCAGAUGCCCUCGGGUGGGCGUGGCUUUGAACUGACCAGUGGCAGCAGUGACCUGGAUGUGGCCCGGCCCCGGCUGCCGCAGAGCCCCGGCCAGCUGCACUAGCCCCGGCCCGGCCCGGGGAGGGCCUCGGUGCAGGUGACACGGCACGUCUGCGGGGGGCGGUGAGCCCCUCCUCCGUGCACCAGGACAGGUUGGGCUCAGCAGGUGGAGCCUGGGUUCGGACUGCUGAGUGAGCCUCAGGCUCUGACCCCAGGAGAGUUUCUGUGCUUGUAGAGCCUGACUCACAGCUGCUGGGACCACAGCUGGUUGCAGAUGCCCCUCCCUCGGUCCAGGAAGAGCGGCCUCCCUGCCAGCCCAGGUCUCUGGCUCCAGCAGGUGACCCC